ACCAAACUUUUUAUUGACUUUGUGCCCCAUAUACAGUGACCAAAUGAGAAUCCCUUGUCAUAGUACCCAUGUCCUUUCCAUAAUGGCAUGUCCAACCUCUAUUUAUUAUUCAAGAAGCCUCUGAGCCCCCUCCCCCUCUCUUUCUUUCUCACACACAAACACACACACACACACACACACAAUGCCCACCUCUCAAGAUUCAUCCCCUUCAUCAUCGUCUGAAUCUUCCUCUCUAGACAGUCCAAAUGUUCAGUUGGUUUCAAAAUCAUUAUCUGACAGACUUCUUGGUAAAUACUUCGACGCCUCAGAAUUCGACUUUGAUUACCAGCAGAGUGGCUUGUGGUCUCCUCCAAUCCCAAUCCCCGGAAAAGUGUUCUUGGCCUCACCGGCCGGUAACAUAUGCUCGGGAGAUGAAAUGGUCACAAAACUCAAGAAUCUAAGGAAGGCCCAUUGGUUUAGAAGGCGCAUUGUUCGCUUCACUGCCUUUUGGUGUUCUUGAAGGGAAUGUGAUUCUUUGCUUCAACGUUAAUCAUUCAAGGGCGUGACAUGUCUGAAAAUUACAAUCCCGGCCGGCAUUGAAGUACUACUGAUCAGUCAAAAAGGUCGAGGUCAGAAGGAACACACUGGGAUGUGUAAUUCGUGCAUGUAUGUAUUGUUCCAAUAGAUAUAUAAUUAAUUAUUCUUAUUUUAAUAUUUCGGUUCCAUUGCUGUAAUUUGAUUGCAAGCUAACUAACUGUGGUGUUUUAAUA